AUGAGUUUUUCUUCCACAUCAACACCUCCGAACAUAAAUUCAAAUCCGUUUUUGAGUUUAUUAAAAAAACAAAAUAGUUCUUCUAAUACCCUUACACGUGAUGUACCAUCUGUACAUCAAAGUAGAACUUCUAUUGAUUCUACAUCUUCAAAACCAUUAACAUUCCAGGAAACAAUCGGCUUUUCAACAUUACCUGAUCAGAUACAUCGAAAAACACUUAAACGAGGAUUUGAAUUUACACUUAUGGUUGUUGGUUUGUACUUGACUUUGAUUUGUGUAUUUUUUAAUAAAAAUCAUACUUUUUCGAUAGGCGAACAUGGUCUAGGUAAAUCAACAUUUAUUAAUACUUUAUUCAUGACAGAACUUUAUGCUGAUCGACCACCAUCUGCUCGACUUCAUCCACCAAAGACAGUUGAAAUCGAAACUCGUACCGUUGAAUUAGAAGAAAAAGGUGUUAAAUUACGUUUAACUGUUGUUGAUACACCAGGUUUUGGUGAUGGAAUGAAUUCCGCUGAAAGUUGGAAACCAAUACUUGAUUUUAUUGAUCAACAAUUUCUUAAAUAUUUUCAAGCUGAAACAAGUUUUGGUAUCGAACGUAAAUAUGUUCAAGAUCAACGUGUUCAUUGCUGUUUAUAUUUUUUACCACCAAGUAUUCGAGGUCUUCGACCAAUUGAUCGAGAUUUUCUUCAUCAUCUUCAACAUAAAGUUAAUAUAAUACCUGUUAUUGCUAAAGCAGAUACUUUACUUAAAAGUGAAUUAACAGCAUUAAAAAAACAAUUAUUAAGUGAUAUUGAUAAAUAUGGAGUACAAUUAUAUGAUUUUCCUGAAGGAGAUCCCGAACAAGAUGAAGAUAGUCAUACACUUGAUAAAGUUUUACGAGAAUCAAUUCCAUUUGCUAUAAUGGGUAGUAAUACAACACUUGAAUCAAAUGGACGUAAAAUUCGUGCUAGAACUUAUCCGUGGGGUGUAGUUGAUGUUGAAGAUUCAAAAUACAGUGAUUUACCUCAUUUACGUGAAAUGCUAUGCAAAACACAUCUUCAAGAUUUAAAAGAUGUUACAAGUGAUCUUCAUUAUGAAAGUUUUCGAGCUCAACAAUUACUUGGAAAAAGAAAUUUAAAUGAUAUUUAUGAAGAUGAUCCAUAUGAAAAUAUUGAAGUUAAAUAUAAAAUACUUCAACAAAAAGAUGAACAAAUUCGUGAUAUGAAACAACAAAUAUUUGAUAUGCAACAAAAGUUAAGUUCAAAUAUUAAUGAAUAUCAAACAAUUAAUCCUUCUGCGGAGAUUGAACGAAGCAAUAGCGGAGAACGAUUUACUAAGAUUUAG